UGUUAGAAGGGAAAAACAAGAAAACAAAUGGCAUUCAUUCUCUUCCUUUUAUUUUCAUUCCUUCUCCAUGGAGCUCAAGCUGAGAUCAUUUGCGAGAAUUUGCCGAUUGGCUUGUGCUCUUUCUCGAUCGCGUCUUCAGGAAAACGAUGUGUCCUAGAGAACAAUGUACAAGACAACGGGAACAUGGAAUACCAGUGCAAUUCCUCAGAGAUUUUUGUUAAAGACAUGAACGAAUGGAUCGAGAACGAUGAGUGCUUGAACGAGUGCGGGCUUCACAGGAAGACGGUCGGAAUCUCUUCUGACUCCCUCCUCGAGCCAUAUUUCCUUGCCAGACUUUGCUCCGAUUUGUGCUACAAGAACUGCCCCAACAUUGUGGAUCUCUAUCACAACCUAGCUAUAGGAGAAGGUGUAUUUCUUGCAAACCUAUGUGAAGUGAAUAGCAAGAUGCCACGCCGUGUGAUGACUAGUUCUGGAGCCGUUUCUGCUGCUGCAGAUGGUCCGAUUUCUAUGGCAGAAGCUCCUACUUCCAUCUGAAUGUGUUGUUGAUUCAUAUUAUGAAUAUUAAUUAUCUUUGGGUUAUGAGAAAUAUUGUAUUAUGCACAUAUACAAACUUUUAUACUAAAAGAUUACAGGAUAUAUCCUAUGCUUCAUUACACUUGUGAAA